GCUGUGGAUAAACUCUAUCAACAUUGGGCUACAAUGUUAAUUAUAGCUAGAGAUGCGUUAAUAGAAGUGCAAGAAAAGCAAAAAAUAUAUGCAGACAAAAAAAAACAUUUUUGUGAGCUAAAAGAGGGAAAGAUGGUAUUAGUAAAUACAACAAAUUUAAUGAUACUUGAAAAUUUGAAAAGAACGUCAAAAAAGCUUAUGCCAAAAUAUGUUGGUCUAUUUGAAAUUACGGAACCUUAUCAUCACAACGAAUUUGAAGGAAGAGAAAUUCCACCACUACCACUCUUGUUAAUAAACCCGAAUUUGGAUACAGAAUAUGAAGUCGAAGAGCCUCUUAAAAAUUUUGAAAAUUGUAAGCAGUUGGUCGACAACUUUGAAAGAAAAUCAGGGUUAUCUUUAAGUAGUAGUGAGUGUAGUAAAAUAGAUUAUCUUAAGCGUGAUUUGUGCAAUGAUCAUAACAAACAUGAUCUGUAUAAUAAUCGUGAUGAUCGUAACGAACGUGAUUUAUGCAACGAUCAUAAUGAUCAUAAUGAUCAUAACGUGUAA